AAUUACUGUAAAUCUCCCCAAAUCACCGGGAUAUUUAUGGAAAGGCUUAGCAGAGUCGUAUAUCUCGCUUGCAACAACCAAGAAAAUAAAACAACAACAUAGACAUAUAAGCGUCAUUGUUCACUCGAUUUUACAGAAAUGUCUUCACCACAUGACAAAACAAGCACUUUGGAUUUAAUUAGAGCCUCGAAAACCUAUUACAGAAACACUCGCUAUCUUCACUUGAGUGUGCCAGUUCGUUAGCCAUCAUCCCCUAAAAAUGGGCGCCUGGAAGAUCCUCACAACCCUCAUGCUACUGGGCCUCGGCGGCCAGGUAAAUGCAAAACCAUCUUUUAAAAACAACGGAACACUGGACGGAUGGGAUGGUCAGAGCCUUGAAAAGGGUACUCAGGGAACCAUCACGGAAUCAACAUCGUCCGUGUUCAAUGGCGAUACCUCGUUGAAAAUGACCCAGACUUAUCUUCCCGACUACACGGGACGAUACCACGCCGAGGUAUACAAGAAAGACGGCUACGUCCCCGGCGACAGCAAAUUUUACGGCUUCGCGUUUCGCCUCGAAGAGAAAUGGCAGUUCGACAAGCAGUCGUUCAACCUAGCCCAGUUCAUCGCCGACUUCACGGGCGACUCCAAGGGGUGCGACGACUGGAUGCCCAGCACCAUGGUAUGGAUGGUGGGCGAUCAGCUCAAGACGCGCACCAAGACGGGCGACAUCUGCAACCAAAAGACCACCAGCUUCGACGCCGGCAAGGUAAAGGCCGGCUUCUGGCACACCGUCGUGCUCGAGGCCGCCUGGCACGCCGACGACAAGGGCCUGCUGCGCAUGUGGCUGGACGGGAACCCCGUGCUCAACAAGACGGGUGUGCCGACCACCAUUGAGGACACGAAGAAGAGGGCUUUUAGCUUCCGUGUGGGACUGUAUGCGAAUGGAUGGCACGACGAUAAGAAGCUGGUCGGCAACCAGAAAACACGUCAAGUUUGGUACGACGAGAUCGCCAUGGGUGAUACUUACGAGGACGUCGAGCCUCGGCCAGACAAGAAUGCAGUGCAAAUGACCCCCGCUGCUGCUAAGAGAGACGGCGGUGUGGUGUAUUUCUAGGUCGAAAACUGCCCACGACAAGGUUGGCGUUUGAAAAAGGACACAUCCAAAUUUCACUGCUUACUUUACCUACCUGGUGUAGUUCUUUUACCUAUAUACCUGCUUUGUUUAUUUAUUUACAUGUUAUUUUCGUGCCUGUGUACUUGCUUAUCUGACUAGAUGCCUACAUAGAAUGAGGGACGAGGGUGGGAUACAGGUGUUAGCCUUGAAAAUCUACGCGCCUGUGUCAUCUUUUCAAUGCGGCAAACCUCUUUGCAAGGUCGUCCACGUUGGGUAUACCGUCUCUGAUGUCGCCACUGGGCUUGCUUGCACCACCUGCCGUCGGCU